GCCAUUUUUGGGAAUUGCGAAGGUUGAGCGACGAUGGUGCGGGCGAUGGAAAUGGAAUACAUAUGUGCUCGCUUCAUCGGCUUGAGAUGACAGUCCACUGGAAACGGUGCGAAGAGGAAACGGCAUGUAGCAAUAAGCCUAAAUGUACGAACAUUUGAGAACUAGAAGCUCAAGAAGUGAAGGAUUUAUGAAGGCAGAUCGAUACGGCCACGACGACGACCACGAUACAGCCAGUGGUUGUGCUCGGUUCCACGUCUACCAAGCUAUUGGACCAGCAUAUCAUGUCUACACGAAGACCACCCCAACCUUCAAUGCCUGAUCUUUCACAUUUGACAGAAGAGGAACGGAAAAUUAUCGAAGAUGUGCUACGACGACAGCAAGAGGAAGAUGGGAAAGAGGAGCAAAUUCUUCGGACGCUGCAGAACGAAGUGGAGACGAUCACAAAGAAGGUCGCGCAGCAGAAGGCCGAGGACCCGCUCAACACGGGUCUUGUCUGCCAGAUCUGCAACAAGACAAAGUUCGCCGACGGCAUCGGGCACACGUGCAACUACUGCCAGCUGCGCGUGUGCGCCCGCUGCGGCGGCAAGCUCAACCUCAAGAACAAGUCGGGGAAACCACUUACCAGUAAAACUGUGUGGUCGUGCAACCUGUGUCGGAAGAAGCAGGAGAUCAUGGCGAAGACGGGCGGCUGGUACCACGGCCCGGGCGGCAAGCCCGUCUCUCUCGACCUUGACUCGGGCAGCGAGACAGCAUCUCAGGCGAGUCGGCCGGACGCGUCGCCGCCCGAGAAGAAGCAGACGCGGCAGCAGAACUCGCAGGCGGACAGCGGCAUCGGCUCGGAGCGCGAGAGCACGGGUCGUCCGUCGAUCUCGCGCACGGCCAGCCAGAAGGGCCGCGAGCUGAAGCGGCAGUACUCGUCCGAGCGCGCCGAGCUCGACCACGAACUCCGGCGCGGCGCGCCGCCUCCCGACCCCCGCGACCCGCGCGACCUGCGGAGGACGCCGUCGGAGGCGCGGCGGCGCUCGGAGUCGGCCGACCCGGAGCUGCGCUACCGGCACGAGCGCGAGCGCGCGCUCUACGCCGACGAGCAGCGGCGGCACCACAGCGACAGCGCCAGCUCGCACACGGGCGAGCGCUCGCGCCGCGGCUCCGCCGGCGGCGAGCGCGCGCUGCACCGCGACUCUCCCGACCGGCACCACGCGUACGCAGCGGUGGAGCACCGCGCGGAGCAGCGCGAGCGGCGCGCGUCGACCGGCGGCGAGGUGCGCACGUCCGACGUGCUCGAGCGACGCUCGUCGACGCGCGGCGACAAGGACGCCGAGCGCGAGCGUCACCGGGGCAACCGCGAGCCCGAGUACCACGAGAGGCAGCGCAAUCACCGCAAGGAUGCGGUGGCGGCGGCGUCGUCGGGAGGGGUCGCGGGGAUGCUGCGGGACCCGGAGAAGCCCGGUGGCUGCGAGACGCCAACGCGGCACCCGGCGCGCGACAUGCGGCCGCGCAACGGCGAGCACAAGGACGCGGGUCGCCGCGGCGACGACGUCGAAUGA